GACCAGAGACGGUCGGCAUCCUGCGGAAAUCUCCAAACAUUAAAAUGUGUCGAGAGAUCCGAGAGAAGCUCGACCAGGAGAGGCCGUGUGCUCGUGUGAAGGCCAGGCACCUGUCGCUGGCUUUGUCAUCAAGGAUUUCUUAAGGAAUCUUCCAGACUGCCUGCUGCGAGGUGAGCUGUUUGAGGAGUGGCUGAAAAUAGGAACGAUGGAGGACAUGGACUCCAAAAUGGCACAUGUCAGGAACCUCCUAUCGCAGCUGCCGUCGUGCAACAUGCAGCUUCUGAAGCGCCUGCUGUGCGCGCUGCAUCACAUCCAGAAACACUCGGAAAGAAACAAGAUGACAGCCUCCAACCUGUCCCUGUGCAUCGCGCCCAGCCUGCUGUGGCACAAAAAGAAAGAUGACCCCUCGCUGUCAGCACCUGCAGUGACCUUUCUGAUUGAUCACUGUGUCGAGCUCUUUGGCGAGGACGUCCUUCACCUUCUUGGCGAGGCACUGGAACCAAGGUCGGCCGAUUCUGGAACUGACUCAGAGAGUAUGCACAGCGUCCUCAGCAUGCAUGAUGGUUCAAAUGGCCUGCCGCGGGAUGACUCGUCAAUGGACAGUCUCGACGAACGUGACAUGUACAUGGAGGGCGGCGAGUGUAGCCCACGACUGGCCAAGUCUCACCUGUCACCGACCAACUUGUCACGUGACUCGGGUCUGACCCUCAGCGACACGCAACUGUACGACGAGGCACUCGACGCUGGGGACAAUCGGGGGAAGUUCUACCCCCGCAGCGCACACCACUUUCCCGACAAGGAGUACGAGCGGCGUUCACGAACCUUAGAUUCGAGGUCGACUUCCAGUUCCGCUAUGCAAAUUACGGAGGAAAGGUUCAAUCCCGUCCCCCCGCCCCGCAAACGUGGGGAGAGGCGGCAGGACGAAGGAGACGCCGAUAGCGGCCAUGUUGGGCCACUCGACCCUGGAGGGGUGGAGGAGGUGGUAAUAGAGGGAGGUACAAGCGGCACACUUUGCAUGUUAGUGCCUCGUCUUCCCAUCUGCUCGACGUCUUCAACCCAAAAGCUUCACAGCUGAGCAGCAGCCUGAGAGUGGAGAGCUACCAAACGUUGCCGUCCAGCCACGAUGAGGGAAACUCCCUCGAGAAGAAGAAGACGAGAUCGAUCAUGACGAUUACGACGAGUACGUCAGGAAACACUUAGGCCUUUUGAGAAAGUCACCAAGUGGCUCUCAUUUAAUGUUGGACAACGAACUUUUGCCGCGUAGGCUCAAUAUUGGGGCAAGGGAAGAAUUGCGACAAUCAGGAUGUCCCGACAGCACUCCACCUCACUCUCCCGAGUCGAAGCUGUCCCAGAGUUCGAGGGACAGCGUCAUUUCGGAUUCUUCUUACGGCAUGGACACGGGAGCGUCCAGAGAGAACUCCUAUCGGAUCGAGCCCACAAACGCCAGAGGAGGAGUGUGGAGGAAGCUUGUCUUCCUGGUUCGGCAAGCAGGAACACAUCGGCUUACAGGUCGAAGAAUCGAAGGUCUUAGCCAAGACCAUCAGCUUGCCACUGAGCAGCUCAAAGUAUGCUGACCCAGCGACUUCUUCUAAUGUUAGCAGCAGCGGCUCGUCCCACUUGCGCUCUGUACAGAACGUGGCUUACCUGGUCUCGCCACCUGCUUCACCUGUCCGAGAACUGGAACUGGCAAGUGUAGCGUCCUUUCAUUCGAACAAGAAAGACCACAGCAACAUGCAGCCAGAUUCCUGGCCUGCCAAGUCUCGCGAAGCAGAAGACGUGACCUUUAGCCUCUUACAUCAAACAAACACGACCAGGUUCUCCAGAAAGUCAGAGGAGAAGCUGACGUGCCUUCAUUAGAAAGAGACUCGGAGACGUCUCAGUCCUACAGCAAUUUUCCUCUCGAGCUCCAUCACCGAUCGGAUCUGCCCCAGAAAUACAUGUCUCGGUACAAUCGGAACUUUGCCAAGGAGUCACCGCCCCCUCGGGUUAUCUUGCAGUCGCUGCACACGCCACGCUUCGGUAAGGACCCACCUCCGCUUCGCGCAAGUCAUGACAAGAGUCUCAUCGAGCAGAUUAACAGGAAAUAGCAUUGGAAGCCAAAGCAAAGGUAAGCCGAGGCUAGGGUUCGACGUGGCCAAGAGCAUGGAGGCUAUCAAAGCGGACGAGUACGUUACCGUACAGCCCAAACUGACCUUUAUCCGACGCGAGGAAACCCCGAGUCCUGCUCACUCUUCCAUUUCCGACAAAGAGCCAAGUACAGUCUGGAAAGGAUUCCUCAGGUCUCCUGGAAAGACUCUUUGUCAUCUGGAAAUGAUAGUUCGUCUGCAGUGAGGGAUGUACAAGCUUUCACCAGGCAGAUCGUGACCACGAUGUCAUCAGACAGCAAUAAGCGUCCCAUCCAGCCGCCGUGCUACUCGGCGGCGUUGCAGCGAAAGUUUAUGCUGCAGCACGACAUUACGCCGGAUGUCGGCCUCAGCCAGAAAGAGGCCAGCACGCGGGCCAAGAUCAUGUACGAAGAGUCGCUGCAGAAGUACCUGCAGGAACGGUACGACCGUAAGCAUUAUGGUAGUGGCGCGCUUCGAAGGAUGAUGAGCAGAGGUCAGCCACGACCUCUGGCGGUGACUUCGACACCUCAGGCGCUGACUUCAUGCCUCCGCCAUAUCCUCCCUCGCCAACAAACUCUAGUAGCAGCAGCAGUAGCAGUAGUGCGCGAAAUACUGAGGAAGAUGAGUACGUGACCCUGGCGGAACACAGGUUCUGCACUUCCUUUAGGAAACGCGAAGCAGAUGUCAGCAGACAGUCUGCGCGCCUCUUCGCCGCAGAGGCGGACAGCUUCGCCGAGACGACAGAAAAGGGAGGAAACCCUGUUGCAAGGAUUAUCUCGUACCUCAUCAUCGGCAGAGACGGCGAGGCAGCAAGCGUCACAGGUUCAACCAAGUGAGACCACUCUGAAUGGCCAAGCUCCAACCUCCUUCCUCAGGUCUGCACCGAAGUCUCAGUGACUCAUCCAAAAAGGCCAACGGACAAGGACAGUGCAGCCCGCGCAGCCAGUCACGUGACAGAGGGAUGGCUGAAGCAGCUGACGUAAAUUUGCAGCAGGACAGCUCAUUGUUUUCAAAGAAAGUGACCGAGCGUGCUGAGAAUCGAGUGUCGGUCAACGUUACGAGACGGCACCUCCCACCCGUGUCCUCUCUCAAUUCGGAACAGUCUUCAGGAGGUCGUCUUCCAAAUUUUACAGCAGGUGACACCCAGGCAUCAAGAUCUUCUGCACUUCUUCCUUUAGGCAGUGACAGUGAAAAGAAAAAGUUGCCCGUAGACUUACCUGUCCAUAUGUCAGCUUUUACUGAUACGGCGGUUUCCAGCAAUGCGGUAGAGAGGUCUACGAGUGGUAAUAAGUGUGCACUGGACCGAACAGGUGAACUCAUCGCAGGUGUGGUAGACGGUGCUGGAAAAAAUGGUCUUGACAGAUCCAAGGCCAGCAAUAAGACUGCUUUAGACCUGCUUGCUGAUAACAGAAGUGGUUCCCAAAGAACUAGUAAUACGAGCCGAAGUGUUGUAGACAGUUUCAGUAAUCCUGCUAGAAGCUUAGUAGACAGUUCUAACAAGGUCAGCAGAAGUGCUAUAGACGUCGUCAGUAAUGAUAGAAAAUUAGAAGACAAUUCUCACAGUGUAGCCAGAAGUGGUGGUGAGCAUUCUAGUAAACCCAAUAGAAGUGUUGCAGACAGUGUUAAUAAAUCAACGAGAAGUGUUGCAGACAGUGCCAAUAAAUCAAUCAAAAAUGUUGUGGACAGUGCAAACAUUUGCAAAAGUAACUAAUGUGGACAGAUCAGCUGUCAAGCCUAACGAGACUGUUGGUACGACUCUUCAUGAUCGGACCACUUCCGGUGUUUUACCUUCUAGUGGCAGAUCUCCAAACAGCAGUAAGCAGAAUGAUCUUCCCUGGAGUGUCGAAAGCUUACGUAAGAUCUACGACAGUGACAACAAGCCAAGACAAUCUUCGCCAGAUCGACCUGCUAACAGCCUCUACAGGGCUCAAGUCUCAGCCGCCACACUGUCCCCACCCUUCUAGCUCAGCUGGGCGGCUGGGACCCCCACCUUACCAAGACCCACCCCCCUUCCUUCGGCACAGCGACACCAGCCGUCUCAGCAUGUCCAGCAGCAGCAGUAGCGGCAGUAACUGCAGCAGCAGCGCCGAACGCAACACCCCGCCUGCGUCCGACGUGGGCAAGUUUGGACCUCAGUGCGCGGUAGUGGACUUUGGAUCCUGUGAAGAUGUGCCCUCUAGCACUCGACGCACAAGGGAUCGCUCGGCUAGUGGUGGACGCGCGGACUUGAGCAAGCGCGCCAGCUACACAGACGUUUCCUACGUGUAGACGUCACUUCUCCCACUUUAUGCAGAAGAAUGCACUGACUAGCUAGUGACAUGGUGCAGAGAUGGAUGUGAUGAAGUGUUGAGGGAGGAUUAAAGGUGACAGACUUUUACCUGCGUCCCACUUCUACCUGCGUAUUUCAGUCUCGAGUAUUACACUGAUUUCUUGUGCAACUUUAAAACAUUUUUGUGAGCCGUGAGCUGUGAAAACAAGCAGUCUGUUACACGAGUAACAUGACUCAUCAACUGGCUUUUGUAACAAAAUAACUUGGGUGUACAUAGCUCUCGACGAUCUCUUGAAACCCAGCAAACCCAUAGAUUUGCAUGCCUGCUAGAGUGUGAAGUCAUAAAUGUGUGAUACGCAUGCUUAUGUCUGGAAGUGUUUCGCAUGUUUAUGUAUGAAAUAUCUAGCAAACGGAAUCUGAAAAAGAAUUGAAGCAAUAUGACCGUUUGAACACUUGCAAUAGCAAUCAGUACCUGUGCAGUACUCUUACGAUGAAUUGGUAUGUUUCAUAUCCUAGUAUUCUCAGCAGGCGAAAUGUGGUGCAUGUGGUUUUAUUGAGAGGAAAACCAUAAGUUCAACGAACACCAUGUCUUACAUUUUAAAACAAAAUGUGAGAAACAAUAAUCAAAGACUAGGGUGGACAAGUACCUAAAAUGUGACAAGAAUAAUCAAAGACACCCAUGGUGGUCAAGUACCUUUAACAAUAAAUCCAAUAAGACUUUGAUAUUACAGACAUUUUCCACGUAUCGAAAUACUACGAUUCGUGAAUUUUACUUCUGUGUGUCAGAUCGUGCUUUUUUUCCUCUCCAUACCUCAAUAAUGUAUUUUUUUUUUUUUUGAUAUAUAUUGUUCUCUGAGACGAAGUAUCUCUCUUCGUUUAUUCACCAGUUGAUACCGUCACUGCCUAUUAUUACAUAUUGUCUGUAGUACAUGCUGCUUUUCUGCUAGCGAGACACCAACAACUAUCCACUCAUCAAACUGGAUCCUAGAUCAUUAAUUUUUCUAUGAUAAAUCUUAUUCUGAUUCGACUAAUGGUAACAACAGUAUCGUAAACAUUUAGUUUAUACAUGAUGUAUAAGGCGGAAUUGCAACCAUGCUUGUUAUCGUGAUGCACGUUUAUAGUUCGAAUGAAUUCAAAUAUUCGUUCUACAGAAACGAACAGCUGUAGCCUGUAUUAUUGGGGUUUUUUAUUUUAUUUUUUUAUUUAUUUAUUUUCUUUUUCCAUCUAGUAUUGUCCCCUGCAAAGUAGUAUAUAGAAGGGUACGAUCAAUGUUACCUUGUGUGAUCCCAGCACUGUGUGCUGCGUAUUUUCAUCUAAACGUCUGGCGUUCGGCCUGUUUCGGUGUCCACGUUGAGUCCAGGUAGAUGAAGAAGAUUCAGCACACUAGGAGCUUUGAUAACGCUAGACAUCGUUUUCCCCGUACAUUUAUUUCCCUAACAUCUCGUCAUCGAUGAUCCAAAAACCUUUUUUUCAAAAACCCGAAUUUAUUAGUUGACGUGCAUCCAUUUUCCUAUCGUUUUGCUACAUACAAGAAGUCACUCCUUGUUCUCCCUUGUCAAAACCGAAGACAAAAAUGUCAGAAUGCAUUUUUUUUAAACAUAAGCGGCUGUAUAAGAUCCUUGUGUAAGAUCCACAUUAGCGUGCUAGGGGGCAAUGCCCUUGACCCACAGGCAAGGUUUUGCAGUCCGGCAAACCGAGUGCCUGCCGCACCACGCACAGACAUGCCGGACACAGCAGCAACACGGAGCAUGGCUUUUGAAGAGGCAUUUCUAUCUGGAAGAUGCUAAUCCAAACCAAAGCACAAGCCGCGAGCUUCUCGGGAUCCCGCGAGAAACAUGGCGGACUUCGCAAAUCUACAGGAGUGCAAAGGCCUUGUGUCUGAUCGAGGUUUUUUUUUUAAAGAAAGUGAGGAUUUGAGGGCCAAAAAGAGGGUGAUAGCAAGGGGUUAUUCAGUGCACAGUGGCCAAGUCUGACAGAAUAAAGUAAAGUGAAAAUGAGCUGUUAGCAAAGUCAGAAUAGCUUAUUUGUACUUGAUUAAUUUAUUUUCCUUCGAAAAUGCUUUCAGUGUUUCUUCUAGACAGCACAGUCAUACGACAUUGUCUAUCUAAUGGUGCCGCUUUUCUCAUCUUCAACUCUGAAAUCACUUGUCGGAAGCAAACCAGGCUAUGGUUGUCGGUUUUGAGUAACACGAGUUUAUAGUUUAAACUUUAAAGGAUCUUGGUGAUUAGCAUGAAACUGCGAUGUUUGCUCGCGUCAACAAAGCAUUGCGCACAAAGCAGACAACUUACACUGACAGCUGAACAUAUAGAAAAGAAUUCGCAAACCCCUCCUCACUAAAGUUUCAAUGCUCUGAGUUGACCAAAUGCAAUAGCCUAUUGCAAAAUGUCCGCCCUUGUCCUGCUAGGAAAUCUGAUUUAUAGAAUGAAUCGCCAUUUUGAGUCGUGUCACAUUAGUCUGGAACAGAAAAUGCAAUGUCUUAGGACUGCUUUUUUGGGAAAGAAAAUUUCUUUCGGAUCCAAGUGUCUGUGUGUGUGAGAGAGAGAGAGCAUGUUAAAGGCAAGCAUAGACUUUGAGGUUAUCUUUCCUUCAGACAGCAUGACACUAGUCUAAAUAGCACUAAUAAUUGCUCCCAGGUUGACGAAUAUCAGUUUUACAAAAGUUUGGUUCAGACUAUCAAAUUUCUCCUGACCCUUGAACUUCAGUAAAAAUGUUAUAAAUUAUAUUAAUGUUUACCUCUGCCUGACCGUGUGUGUGCGUGUACGUGUCUUUAAGUUACGUAUGACUAAGAGGAACUUUGCUCCUUGGCUUAACCCAUAGGUAUGAUACAGUAAGCUUGGAAUAGCUGACAACUUUCCACGCUCUAGCAUUUCUCUAGAAUAACCCUGCGUUAUGUCUCGCUAGCAAGAUUUCGUUGUAUGAGGUAACAAGCUUGAAUAAAGCAGACUACAGUUA